GGGCGUGGAAUAUAAGUGCGGGCGCGGGACCGGGCCCUCACUUCGCUACCCGGGCUGCUCCUGUAGCGAUGGCUCCCUUCGUGACCUUGGUCCUGCUCGGGCUGCUCUCGCUGUCUGGCCUGGACGCCGUCCAGCGUCCUCCGAAGGUUCAGGUUUACUCACGACACCCCGCAGAGAAUGGAAAACCAAAUUACCUGAACUGCUAUGUGUCUGGGUUCCAUCCACCCCAGAUUGAGAUUGAUUUGCUGAAGAAUGGGAAGAAGAUGGAAGUGGAGCAAUCAGACCUGUCUUUCAGCAAUGACUGGUCUUUCUACCUUCUGGUCCACACUGCGUUCACUCCCAACGCAGUGGAUCAGUAUAGCUGCCGCGUGAAACACGUUACUCUCAGCGAGCCCAAGAUAGUUAAGUGGGAUCGAGAGCACUAACCAGCAUCAUGGAGGUUUGAAGAUGCCUCAUUUGGAUUGGACUAAUUCCAAAUUCUGUUGUCUUGCUUUUUAUUUUUAAUUUUCUUUUUUAUUUUCUUCUUUUAAAAUUUAUUGAAGUAUAGUUGAUUUAUAAUAUUGUGUUAACUUCUGCUGUAUAGCAAAGUGAUUCAGUUAUUGUUGUCUUGCUUUUUAAUGCUGAUAUGCUUUUUGCUUUACGCAUAUAAAUCAGAAGUUGUAUUGAUGUUACCGCAAAUAUCAUCUUCCUUAUAAUUCUACCUAGGGCGCCACGUCUCCCAUGUUUGACCUGUCUUGGCAGGUAACUGGCGCUAUGUCUCCAUGUUUGACCUGUCUUGGCAGGUAGCUGUUGUGGGGGCUCUGGCAGCCUAGAGGUGGGGAAGACGGAAUUUCAGGUUUAACAUCAACAUCUUGGUCAAAUCUGAACUCUUCAGUCUCUUCUGCAUACAAAACUGGAUAAUAAGAUAGUAUGCAUGUUUAGAGUAAGCCUCCAAUUUGUAAUUUUUCUUAGAAUUUUGGAAAAAUUUUGAAAGAUAAUUUUCAGAAUUAUGGAAAUUUGUUAUAGUGGAUAAAACAUUUUGCCAUAUAAAAUUCAUAUUUACCUCUUAACAUCUGUUGGAGACUUGGUUGUACCUAUUUUGUUUGUUUCACUAAUUAAAACAAUGGUAAAACAUUGUGUUCAGCUUCUCAAAGGAACAACAGCUGACUUCUCAAUGUCAGUGGGAUCCAGAACAUAGCAGAAAGUAAUCAUGAAUGUAGUAAAACAACUGCCUACCUAGAAUUCCAUACACAACAA